CAUCCACAAAGAGUCACUAAAUCUAUGACGUCUCACAUUCCUUUCCCUCUAUCCUCCCCUAAGCUUUGCUCCACUCCAACGAAGGAAGAGGAAAAACAGAGACGAGACAAAGGAAACAGCUAACAUGGCUCUAAAGCUGUGGGCUUCUUCAACAGCCAACGCCCUCAAAAUCUCCUGCAGCGGCGCCAAAACUAGCCUUUUCCUCCCAUUCUCCAUCUCCAGAUGCUUCUCUUCUGUUUUGGAUGGACUGAAGUACAGUUCUUCCCAUGAGUGGGUCAAGCAUGAGGGCUCGGUGGCUACCGUCGGCAUCACCGACCAUGCCCAGGGCCAUUUGGGAGAGGUGGUGUUUGUGGAAUUGCCAGAAUCCGGGGGCUCAGUUUCCAAAGGAGGCAGCUUUGGAGCAGUGGAGAGUGUGAAAGCAACCAGUGAUGUUAACUCCCCUGUAUCUGGUGAAGUUGUUGAAGUCAAUACCAAGCUAACUGAAACACCUGGUCUGAUCAACUCGAGCCCUUAUGAAGAUGGAUGGAUGAUCAAGGUUCGACCCAGCAGCCCAUCAGAACUGGACUCACUGAUGGGACCAAAAGAAUAUACAAAAUUUUGCGAGGAAGAGGAUGCUCACCAUUAGAGCAAGAUGCAUGGGUGCUAGUUCUCCUAACUGGCUUUCUGCUUCAUCACAAGAAUUAAGGUACCAGUCAGUCAGUUGAGUCUGUAAAGAAGCAUCUCAUGUCAAUGGUUAAAGGCCAAAGCCAUUUAGUUAAUUCUGUUUUCUUUGCCUUCAAUACUCUUCUUUGUUGGAAUAUAGUCUGCUUUCCCUUGCUUCCUUUAACUUUGGUAGCAGAUGCUUCAAGUGUAAUUGAGCUCUAUAUUUGCAUGUAAUUUGGCCCUUGCUUGUCUCCUCUUA